CCUCUGCUGAGGGAGGAACACUGUGCUCCCAGGCCAGGGAAACAUGUCCCGUCGGAAACAGACCACUCCCAACAAGGUGCACUGGGAGCAAGUCUUUGCAGGGCUGGAGGAGCAAGCCCGACAAGCCAUGAUGAAAAACAACUUUCCUGGAGCCCUUGGAGACCAACGGCCACCCAUUCGUCCGCUGCAGGACCCCGACUCCAGCAGCAGUGGCAGUGAUGAUGAGGAAACCACUCAGGAUGAAGUCUCUUCCCACACAUCUGAGGAGGAUGGCUCAAUGGUGAAAGUGAAGAAAGAAUUAGAGAACGCAGAACGACCUGUGGCCGGAACCCCACUGAUAAGAGAGAAUGAGGUGCCCGAGAGUUUGACUGCUGACCCCAUGCUGGGACUGUCACAGUGUCCCCUCUGCCAGCUGGAGUGUGGAAGCAGAGAGCAACUCAUUGCUCACGUGUACCAGCACACUGCAGCAGUGGUGAGUGCCAAGAGCUACCUGUGUCCUGUGUGUGGCAGAGCGCUCAGCUCACCGGGUUCCCUUGGGAGGCACCUCCUGAUCCACUCAGAGGACCAGCUGUCCAACUGUGCAGUGUGUGGAGCACGCUUCACCAGCCACGCCACUUUCAACAG